ACUGACGCCUACCCAAGCCUGUUCAUGACCGCCAUGUUGGUGCUUCAAACCCACAGCGGCGGUGUGUUGAUGUAUCACAUUCCGUGUUUGUGUGCCAAGUUUUGUGCGUUUUUCUGAGUCUGCUUCGCACCCCGCCGCUGCCAAAAUGGAUAAUCCCGAAGAAGUGUUGCACAGUCUCGACGAAUUCGCCAAACUCAAGCCCAAAAGUAUUCCCCGCGAGCUGGAAGACUACUUGAUGUACGUUGCGCGGACGGGUGACCCCGUGUACCAGUGGGCCACGGUCAAGAUUCUUUUUCGGGAGAAGCUCCUCAAUGUUAUCACCGAGUUCUACGAGACGACGCCGACCCUGGACGUGGCGCCGUCGCCGAACGUGGACCCCUUCAACUACGAGACCAUGAAGACAGUCCUGCUGGAGAGGCUAGAGGCCUUCUCCAACGCGCCCUUCACCGUGCAGAGGCUAUGUGAGCUUUUGACAACUCCCAGGAAAGAGUACAACCGACCGGACAAGUUCAUGAGGGCCAUCGAAAAGAACAUCCUCGUCGUCAGCACACGCGGGCCUGGGGGUGCUUGCAGGCCAGACAGCGCUCUCUCUGAACCCAUCCCCAACGGAGUCUCCGAACCAUCAGAAGCUGCGAGCAACCAGUCAAGCAGCAGCAACAGUGCAGCUAAUAAUGAAGAAACAAGUGAGGAGUCGUCUAGUGAAGCUUCACCUAAAGAAACAGAAGAAAAUCAUGUGGUAGCAGAAUCAAAUGCCGAAUCAAGUGCUGGGUCAAGCACGGAAUCAAGUGCCGAAUCUAGCGCUGAAUCGAGUACUGAAUCAAGCACUGUUAUGGAGUCAAACGAUGUUGAGACUGAUCAGGCGGAGUCAAGUGUUACUGUUAGUGAAGAAGCUAUUAAAGAUGAGGAGGCAGCUAGUGAAAGUGUUGUUAAGGAGAGUGAUGAAAGCCCAGAAGCAACAGAUUCAAGUGAUAGUGUGACAUAUGGUGAUGUAAACAGUGCUGGUGAGAUACCAGAGGCAGUAAAUGUAACUUCAACAGAGUGUGUUUCUAAUGCUGAAGUUAAAGACAUCCCAGAGCAGCCAGAAAUAUGUGAGGCUGAGACAAGUGCAGUUGAAAGUGUUCCUUUAUCAUCAUCUUCCGAAGUAAGUAGCGUUGGCGAUGAAGUACUAAAAGCAGACCCGGCUGAAGCACAAUCGAAGGCAGAUAAGGAAGAUGCAGUGAGUGGAAGUAAGGAGGUCGAAAGUGUGUCUAGCGAUACUCCUGCAAAUGAAGAUGAAGUUACUAGUGAAGCCACUUCUGAACCCUCAGUAUCAUCUGAAGACGUUUCACAAGUCACUGAAAGCACCCAAAGUAUUUGUCCAAAAGAGGUGCCUUCAGACUCUGAACCGGAUGUCAGCUCAGCGCAGCAAGACCAAGCUGCUGACUCGACAGCUUCAGAUUCUGCCCAAGUGGCAGAAAUCCCUACCUCGGAGGCAGUGUCUUCAAAUUCCUCUGAUGACUCAUCGGAAGCAGUUGACUCUAAAUUAAGUGAAGAUGAUCAACCAGACACUUCAAAUGUUGUGGUUGAUACACCAGCAGAUGUUCUUAAAGGCUCAGAAGCGGCCCCCGUUGUAGAAAAAAGCGAAAGUGAGGUGAAAGAAAGUACAGAGGCUGCCAAGGCUGACGUGGACACAAACAUCACCAGCACGGAGGGUGUUGCAGGACCUGAAGAAGCUAUGGACGUAGAUGAAAGUAGCAACCAGCCCUCUGAAGCUUCUGCUGGGGACAGUGAGGCAAUGGAGGUGGCAGAAGAUGAGGAGGCUAUGGAGGUCUGUGAAGACAGUGCAUUAGAAGCAAUGACAACAAGUCCUGAAGAGACUGCUCAGUGAUUAAACCCACCUUAAGAAGUUACCUCAACAUUACAUCUUAGGUCAAGAAACGAAGGAAUCUUCCAUACCAUCUCGUUAAAUUUAAUAAGAUUCCAUUUUCAAACAGUUAGUAGCAAUUCCUUUGCUUCUGUCCUUAGAACUUUCUUUGUGUAAUGGAAUGAAUGUGUAUAUAGUGUGACAUUUCAUGUGUGUAAUUUUAAAGUCUUUCUGUUGUAUGAUAUGCUAAAUGAUAGUAAUGUUAAUAUUUUCUGCAUUGUUGCUUUGUUCAUGUCACAGCAGUGUUAGUUCCAUUCUGUCACAUUGUGCCCUUACUGUGUAUUAGACUCGUCAUUUUCCACAUAUUGACAGAGUAUUUUUUUCCUAAAACUGAAGACUUGAAGGAUAACUUCAUUAUAUUAUUUCUUUUUAUCAUCACAUUUGAAUAUUCCAUGAUAUGGUUAGAAUCCAUCAUCAAAUUUGGUGCUUUUUUUUUUCUUUUUUUUUUAAAUUGACCUGUGUCUAUCUAGUUACGAGGGUAGUCUGACUAUCUUGAUAUUCUUUUGCUUUUUUUACUGUUAUUUGUCUAAAGAUUUCUUUGUAGUUUAGUAAAAUGGUUAUGUUUGGUUGUUCCUUCAGCCCCUGAAUGCUAAAUUAUUUAUUCUGACAGCUCUUUGAAGUGCUUUCAUUAAGUUGUACUCGUUUUCCUUUGUUUUAAAUUUAAACUGGAAAAUGUGCAGUCACUGAAUUAUGGUGAUGUUGCAUGUGGCUUAAUGUCAGGUAGUUUCUGCUCAAGAUCUUUUGUAAAUUUUACUUAUAGACUUGCUGACUGCAUUAUUACGUUAUCCUGGGGAAUUCUAUCUAAAGCAUAUUGAGACAAAUUUAAUAUAUUAUUUACGUAGGUGUGGAUCAUGUCAUGUGAUACAACUCUCUGCUGAGUGUGAAUGAGUCUAAUAAAAUUAUGAUCUUCCAA